UCCUGCUCCAUUUGAGCGUUUAGUGUUUUUUAGUCACAAAUCCAUUUGCAACCGUUGUCAAAAAAUAUCGAGUUUUAAAUUGUCUUGAAACCUGUUAGAAAGGUUACAAGUCCUACUUCAAAAAUACUAUUAAAAAAUUAAAUAUUUCUUAGGUAUUUGGCAAAAUGUUUCGACAACUUCGGUUGACAAUGGAUAUUUCGGGAUGGAUCUUUAUGCCAUGGAGACGCAGCCUGUCCAAUAAACAAAGUCCUCCACCGCCGCUGGCAAGCACUAUUAACGACGUGAUUGUGGACUACGACGAUCCGGACUAUUUGCCUCUGCCGGAGUAUCCUGUACGACCGAAUGAACCCCUGGACAUUCGCAAGCAGCGACUUUUGUAUCAAUCGCGGAAGCGGGGAAUGUUGGAGAACGAUUUGCUUCUUAGCACCUUUGCUGCUAAAUACCUAGACAAUUUUAAUGCGGAGCAGACCGCCCAGUAUGACCAACUAAUCAAUGGAGUAAGCAAUGACUGGGACAUCUACUACUGGGCCACCGAUGUGAAGCCCACUCCCAAGGAAUACGACACCGAGAUAAUGAGGCUGCUCAAAGAUCAUGUGAAGAACGCGGAGCGAAUCUCUCGCAUUCGUCAGCCGGAUUUGUACUCCAGUGAAUCCUAGAUAUAUUGCUUAAUCCUAGAUCCUAGAUAUUUCCUAUCGAUCCAGAAUAUGAUCUCUGUUGGCAACCCGUUAUACACAUAUAUAUUUUUCCAAAUACUCCCAAAGAAGUUCAAAUGCAAACUCCCGGUCGUGACUGAUUUCGAAAAAUUCUCUUCAAUAAUUCAAAUAAUUCCACAAGAAAAAAUCCUUGCUUCGCACCGCAUCCUUAUUAAAAGUUUAAAAUCUUA